CCGCAACAAAGGACAUUAUCAUUUGUUAUAACCCUCUGUGUGGACGUAUAUAUGGCUCAAAUCCAGCACACAUAUGUAUAAGGCUUCCUUCAGUGUCGCAGGAGACCGUCGCGGAAACGAUGGAAGGGGAAUGUUUAACCUGGAGAUUUACACAGUACGGGCGACAGUAGUUGUAUUAUGGUCCAGCUUAACGUUAUUGUUGGUAGGCGACUGAAGUCGAGCGCACGCCGUGAACUGGGGUAUCUAUCUGACUUGCGCGGGACCCAUGCAGCAUGAAACCACGUGGUGAGGAGUGACAGGCAGGCUCACUCACUCACCUGUUAAGUUGGAGCUGACAGAACGCAGUCUAGCCGCUUCGACAUAAAGCUAGAUGUCCUCUUUGAAAGGUGGUAGUGCGUGGACAAGCCUGGACUGUGUACAGCGUAAGCUGUAGAGACUGUGUAAUCUAUACCCUGGGUCCGUGGGUCUCGAACAGCCCUUAACCGGCGGCGCAACUCGAAGACAUGGUCGUGUUUACAAAUCUUCUCAGAAAUCCUACCUGUAGGGUGUGAGUGAUUCUUAUCUGGCCUCCGCGACCUAGGAUAAAGGACAAGAAUUCACCUGUAAAUACCCUUCAGCGUCAUGAUACACACGAACUGUGCCGUGCGUCUCCGGCACAUAGCACUCUUUAUUAUGGUGCUGCUAACUUACCUGUCAGAAUGUUCCGCAGCACUCAAAGAGUUCUACAUGGCGGAUUUCUGCACCUCCAGUGUUAACAUACGUGUAAGCGACAGCGUGAUUCUUCAUUUCACUCGCCAGGCUGAACUGCCGCCAAAAAGAUCCGGAAGCAACAAACUGCUUAAAUGUCAGCUUACCAUAUCAACAGUAAUCCAGACCCACCGACUACUGCUCCACAUAAUAAAGCUGCACAUAGACCUGAAAUUCGCCGACAGGUUGCAAAUUUACGAGGUCUCGGAUACAAAAUUACAGAGGUUAUCCCCCGCCACUGGUCUGUACGGCAAAUAUGGAGGUGAAGUGCAGAUAUCCAGCGAUGGGAUCACAGAUUACAAAACCUUAAGAAAUGCAUUUUAUCUGGAUUAUAAAGGAUUGCCCACACAAGAAUAUAGUGGGUUUACCAUAUUAUUCACGGAAUUCCACGAUGUCCCCAGUUAUGUAGGGACGUGUCUGGGCAGCUAUUUCCAGUGUACAGAGGCAGACAUUUGCAUUUCUCCUUCGCUGAAAUGUGACAGCUAUCGUAACUGUGGGGAAUACGAUGACAGCGAUGAGGUCUCGUGCUCGUUAGGACUACCUGCCGAUAGUAAAGAUGGCUCUGAAAACAACGCAAUGCCGAUCGCUUUAUCGGUGGGAAUUGUCGCCACUCUCACCUUUCUUCUCGUCUCUUUGGCCAUUUUCCUUGUUACACGUUUACGGCGCAGGCAGAACGCUACAAGCCGUCGGGAAACUGGAAGCCUGACGGGCUCUAUAUCGCGUGGACGGGACAGAGGAACUCCUGAUAGAGGAUUUGAAUUGGCAACAUUAUAUGCUCCGCCUUCUUAUGAGGACGUCAUGUCCAGCAACCCAAGCAUUAACCAAGAAAAUCCACCGCCUUAUGACUCUUUAGUCUCCCUGCAUAUCGAAGAAAUUAGUCCUCCUCGCAGACGAGCUGGCGCUAGACAAAUCCAUGAAACGUCACUCACAUCAGCUACGUCGUUGUCGCUGGUGGGGCCAACUGUUAGGUCCACUACAAACAGCUUCAUUUUAAGUACAUGUGAUCGUGAUAAAGACGUGGCCACGUCCUUAACGGAUAGUUCCAGUUCAUUGCCAAACGGAACGGAAGUGUCUAAUGACUCGGAGAACCACGAGAGCUGACAAAACGAAGCGAAACAGCUUUUUAGAAGUUACUUUUCUGUACGCUCUUUAAAGGAAGAGCCAUUUGUAAAGGACAUAAAAAGUCCAGUAUAUCACUAUUCAGGAAAAGCCUGACGACAUGACUAUAUUACUUGAGAAUUGAGAAUCAUCUUUCUUCACAUAUGGAGUUUUAACAUUUACCAGUUGUGAUCCAUUAAUAAUGUGCAAUAGUGAGAGACUGAUUCCUUGAUUAAGAACUUUUCUCCAUGUACCAUUUAUGUUGUUUCAUCAUUUGCUCAUACUGACUGUUCUAAGACCUGAAGUGUACAUAUAUUUCCAUGUAACAUAGGGACAAAAAGUCACAAUAAUAAAUCGAACGAACAAUUUUUAAGAAUUUGUUUCGC